AUGCCUCGAGACCCCAAGCCUAUAUUCAUGCACAGGCCAAAAAGAAAGGCGCCACUCUGUCUAACUCCCUUUUGAGUUGUUCGAGGUGAUCUCUUUUCUUCUUUCCUUCUUCCUUUCAUUCAUUCUUUUUCCCUUGCCCUCCUUCUACUCCCGCACUCUCUCUCACUCUCUCUCACUCUCUUACACACACACACAAUCGUAUCAGCUUGUCAUUCAACAUGGACGCUAUCAACAUGUCAUUGCAGUCCCUCAAUCUUGGAACGUCCAAAACAGCCCGUUCUCAGCAACGACAGCAGCAACCAUCACCGCCCUUUUGUUACAGUGAGCAACUACCACCCUAUCAUUUUCUAUACCACUAUCCACCUCCAUACUUUGCCCCUCCACUACCACCACCUGCUGCUGCUCCUACAGCUACUACUACCAUGACAGCAAUUGGUGCUGCUGCACCCUCUCCACCAAGUAUCGUACCUGUUGAAGAUCAGGACGACGAUCUUGAAAUAAUCCUGACGGAUGACUCUUCUUCAUUGAGCUGUGCUUCUGCUUCCAACCACAGCGACAGCUGCAGUAGCAGCAGCUACAGUGAUGACACUAACACCAACGACGACAGUGUUAACAACUUGCAACGGCAAUUGGAGUAUUAUUUUUCGAGACACAAUCUUGCGAAUGAUAUCUACCUAGUAUCACAGAUGGAUCCUGAUCUCUACGUUCCCAUUACUACGAUUGCCAACUUUAACCGUGUCCAGCAAUACACCACCGAUCUCGAUGCGGUAGCCCAGGCCCUGAAACAAUCACCUUAUGUUAUCGUCGAUGAAACUGAAACCAAGGUCAAACCCAAUAUCUCCACAUCAGCAGAGCGUACCACAGUUAUUCUUAGAGAGUUACCCGAAGAUACGUCCGAAAAAGAAAUCAGCGACUUGCUACGCGACCUCGAGUCACCACCAGUGAAAAGCGUCAGGCACGACUUUGGAAAUAUGUGGUACAUCGUCUUUGAAUCUGAAAAAGACGCAUUGAAGCUCCUUUGUGAUAUCCGUGGUCGCAUGUUCAAGGGGAACCAAAUUGCAGCUCGCAUGAAAUCUGUACCUGCCAUUCACAACGUUCUCGAAACUAUCACCCGCCGACAGCAGCAUGAUCAUCACCAUCAUCAGCCAUAUUCGCGCUAUCAGCAGCAUCAGCAUCAGCCACACUCGUCGUUACUAUCGGGGUCAAGUGUUAGUACCGUGGAGGAACAAUUGAGGAUGGACGAGACAAAAGUGUCGAUCAAGAAAAGUAGUAGAAAGGAUAACAGAAAUGGCUGUCAACAAGGCAAGAACGGAUCAAUAAGACAACGACGACGCGGCGGGAGAAAUCACAAAAGGAAGCGAAAUCAGGGCAAAAACAAGGACGCGUCCGCCACUGAUAACGACAAUAGCAGAAACUUUCCUCCACUCGCUGCUGUUCCUUAUAACGCUCAGGAAGAAAAGGUCAACACCGCCACCACCACCACUACUGCUAAUACUACUAGUACCUCCACUGCUGCUACUGCUGCACGUAUUCGCCGGUCAACGUCCUUAUCAUCAAAACAAAAACAGUCGGCCCCAAGUGUACUAACAUACGCUGCUAUUGCCAAAGGACACCAACAGCAACAGCGAUAAUCGAUCGCCUGAGGACCACUGAACUCAAAGAAUCAUUCCCAUCAGCAUAACAUUAUCACGUAUUAAUUUCUUUACCGUUAUAUACAUCCCGCAGACAUCCAAUAGUUGUCUUUCCUUCUUCUUAUACCAUUAACUAAUUAUAUACUCUACUUAGCGCAUAAUGUUGGAAACAUAUUGUAUAUUUGGCUUUUAUCUUUUUUAUACUAUUAAUAUUAUACAAAUACAGCUUCACUAAUUAUAGUAG